AUGCCCGUAAAUACAAUCUAUCUAUCUAUCUAUCUAUCUAUCUAUCUAUCUAUCUAUCUAUCUAUCUGUGUGCUUGGAGAGACAGGAGGAACUGCCUAUCAACAUCAGCAUCUCAAUAUUGCAAGCUCCAAGGAAGACGAGGAAAUGCGUAUCACCACCUGCAUCUCAAUAUUGCAAGCUCCGAGGAAGACGAGGAAAUGCGUAUCACCACCUGCAUCUCAAUAUUGCAAGCUCCGAGGAAGACAAGGAAAUGCGUAUCACGAUCUGCAUCUCAAUAUUGCAAGGCGGGAGAUAGACGAGGAACUGUCUAUCAACAUCAGCAUCUCAAUAUUGCAAGCUCCGAGGAAGACGAGGAAAUGCGUAUCACCACCUGCAUCUCAAUUUUGCAAAGUUGGAGAUAGACGAGGAACUGCCUGUCACCAUCAGCAUCUCAAUAUUGCAAGAUGCGAGGAAGACGAAGAAAAGCAAAUCACCACCUGUAUCUCAAUAUUGCAAGCUCCGAAGAAGACGAGGAAAUGCGUAUCACCACCUGCAUCUCAUUAUUGCAAGGUUGAAGAUAGACGAGGAACUGCCUGUCACCAUCAGAAUCUCAUUAUUGCAAACUCUCAAUAUUGCAAGCUCCGAGAAGACAAGGAAACAUUAUCACCAGCAUCUCGAGGAAGAAAUGCAUAUCACCACCUGAAAGCUCCGAGGAAGACGAUCACCACCUGCAUCUCAAUAUUGCAAGUUCCGAGGAAGACGAGGAAAUGCGUAUCACCACCUGCAUCUCAUUAUUGCAAGCUCCGAGGAAGACGAGGAAGACGAGUAAUGGGGAAGACGAGGAAAUGCGUAUCACCACCUGCAUCUCAAUAUUCCGAGAAAACGGGGAAAUGCGUAUCACCACAAGCAUCUCGAGGAAGAGGAAGAAAUGCGUAUCACCACCUGCAUCUCAAUAUUGCAAGCUCCGAGGAAGACGAGGAAAUGCGUAUCACCACCUGCAUCUCAAUAUUGCAAGCUCCGAGGAAGACGAGGAAAUGCGUAUCACCACCUGCAUCUCAAUAUUGCAAGCUCCGAGGAAGACGAGGAAAUGCGUAUCACCACCUGCAUCUCAAUAUUGCAAGCUCCGAGGAAGACGAGGAAAUGCAUAUAACCCACCUGCAUCUCCUCCGAGCCCGGGGAAGACGAGGAAAUCGUAUCAAUGCAUCUCAAUGCAAGCCCGAGGAAGACGAGGAAAUGUAUAUAACCCACCACUGCAUCUCAAUAUUGCAAGCUCCGAGGAAGACGAGGAAAUCUGUAUCACCACCUGCAUCUCAAUAUUCCGAGGAAGAAGAAAUGCCUCCGGGAAGACGAGGAAAUCACCAUCAGAAUCACCACCUGCAUCUCCAAAGGAAGACAAGGAAAUGCGUAUCAACCUGCAUCCAAUAUUGCAAGGAAGAAAGAGAAAAUGCGUAUCAUAUCUGCAUCCAAUACCUUGGGGCAUCUCAAUAUUAUUGUAAGCUCCGAGGAAGACGAGGAAAUGCGUAUCACCACCUGCAUCUCAAUAUUGCAAUCGAGGAAGACGAGGAAAUGCGUAUCACCACCUGCAUCUCAUAUUGCAAGCUCCGGGGAAGACGAGGAAAUGCGUUGAGGAUACCACCUGCAUCUCACCGAGGGAAGACGAGGAAAUGCGUAUCACCACCUGCAUCUCAAUAUUGCAAGCUCCAAGGAAGACGAGGAAAUGCAUCUCAUCACCACCUGCAUCUCAAUAUUGCAAUCUCUGAGGAAGACGAGGAAAUGCGUAUCACCACCUGCAUCUCAAUAUUGCAAGCCCGGGGACGAGGAAGGAAGACAAGGAAAUGCGUAUCAUCACCAUCUCAGAAUCUGCACCUGCAUCUCUCCACCUGCAUCUCAAUAUUGCAAGCUCCGAGGAAGACGAUGAAAUGCGUAUCACCACCUGCAUCUCAAUAUUGCAAGCUCCGAGGAAGACGAGGAAAUGCGUCACCACUGCAUCUCAUAUUGCAAGUUGAGGAAGACGAGGAAAUGAAGAUACCACCUGCAGGAACUGCGAGAAAUUUCCGAAGAAGACGAGGAAAUGCGUAUCACCAUCCAUUGUUGCAAGCUCCGAGGGAAGACGAGGAAAUGCGUAUCACCACCUGCAAAAUAUUGAGGAAGACGACGAGGAAAUGCGUAUCACCACCUGUAUCUCUCCUGAGGAAGACAAGGAAAUGCGUAUCACCACCUGCAUCUCAUUAUUGCAAUCUGAGGAAGACGAGGUAUCACCACCGUAUCAUUAUUGCACGAGAAGACGAGGAAAUGCAUCUACCUGCAUCUAAAUAUUCUCCGAGGACGACGAGGAAAUGCGUAUGCACCUGCAUCUCAAUAUUGAAAACGGGGAAAUGCGGCAUCUCAUUAUUGCAAGCACCGGGGAAGAAGAAAAGGAACCUGUAUCUCUUCCAGCUCAGCUCCGAGGAAGACGAGGAAAUUAUCACCACCUGCAUCCAAGGAAGACGACGAGGAAAUGCGUAUCACCACCUGUAUCUCAUUAUUGCAAGCUCCGAGGAAGACGAGGAAUGCGUAUCACCACCUUGCAUCAAUAUUGCAAGUUCCAAAGAACGACGAGGAAAUGCGUAUCACCACCUGUUCUCAUUAUUGGAGGAAGACGAUGCGUAUCAACCUGCAUCUAAAUAUUGCAAGUCCAAAAGACGAGGAAAAUGCGUAUCACCACCUGUAUCUCAUUAUUGCAAGCUCCGAGGAAGACGAAAUGCGUAUCACCACCUGCAUCUAAAUAUUGCAAGUUCCGAAGAAGACGAGGAAAUGCGUAUCACCACCUGUAUCUCCAAGCUCAAAGGAAGACGAGGAAAUGCGUAUCAACCCAUGCAUCUCAUUAUUGAUUGCUCCGAAGACGACGAGGAAAUGCGUAUCACCACCUGUAUCUCAUUAUUGCAAGCUCCGGAAAAUGCGAAGAUCGAGGAAAUGCGUAUCACCACCUGCAUCUCAUUAUUGAAGCUGAAGAAGACGAGGAAAUGCGUAUCACCACCUGACAUCUCAAUAUUGCAAGCUCCGAGGAAGACGAGGAAAUGGUAUCACCACCAAUGCAUCUCAAUAUUACCUGUAUCUCGAAGACGAGAGGAAAUGCGUAUCAAGUUCCACCUGCAUCUCAUUAUGAAACUGAGGAAGACGAGCGAACGACCACCGUAUCACCACCUCAUCUCAUUAUUGCAAGCUCCGAGGAAGACGAGGAAAUGCGUAUCACCACCUGCAUCUCCAAGUUCCGAAGACGACGAGGAAAAUCAUAUCACCACCUGCAUCUCAUUAUUGCAAGCUCCGAGGAAGACGAGGAAAUGCGUAUCACCACUAAAUAUUGCAUCUCAAUAUUGCAAGCUCCGAAGAAGACGAGGAAAUGCGUAUCACCACCUGUAUCUCAAUAUUGAGCUCCGAGGAAGACGAGGAAAUGCGUAUCACCACCUGCAUCUCAAUAUCACAAAGAAGACGAGGGAAUGCGUAUCACCACCUGUAUCUCAUUAUUGCAAGCUCCGGGAAGACGAGGAAUGCGUAUCACCACCAUCUCAAUAUUUGACAAGUAUCCCACCUGCAUCUAUUAUUGAGAGGAAGACGAGGAAAUGCGUAACCACCUGUAUCGAAGACGAGGAAAUGCGUAUCACCUGCAAUAUCUCCGAGGAAGACGAGGAAAAUCUCAUUAUUGCAAGCUCCAAAGGAAGACGAGGAAAAUGCGUAUCACCAGUAUCUCAUUAUUGCAAGUUCCGAAAACACCACCUGGAAAUGCGUAUCACCACCUGUAUCUCAUUAUUGCAGCUUCCGAAGAAGACGAGGAAAUGCGUAUCACCACCUGCAUCUCAAUAUUCAAGCCCUCCAAAAGACGAGGAAAUGCGUAUCUCAAUAUUGCAAGCUCCGAGGAAGACGAGGAAAUGCGUAUCACCACCUGCAUCUCAAUAUUGCAAGCUCCGAGGAAGACGAGGAAAUGCGUAUCACCACCUGCAUCUCAAUAUUGCAAGCUCCGAGGAAGACGACCGGCAUCUCAAAAUGCUGUAUCUCAUUAAGACGAGGAAUGCGUAUCACCACCUGCAUCUCAAUAUUGCAAGCUCCGAAGAAGACGAGGAAAUGUAUCAUCCAUUCACCACCCGCUCCGAGGAAGACGAGAAAUGCGUAUCACCACCAAUAUUGCAAGUUCCGAAGAAGACGAGGAAAUGCGUAUCACCACCUGCAUCUCAUUAUUGCAAGAACUGCAAUCUCACGACGAGGAAAUCAUCACCUGUAUCUCAUGUCUUCCAUCAGCAUCUCAAUAUUUCAAGUUCCGAGGAAGACGAGGAUGCGAAGUAUCUCAUUAUUGCAAGUUCCGAAGACGACGAGGAUAGCUCCGGAAGAGACGAAAUGCGUAUCACCACCUGCAUCUCAAUAUUGCAAGCUCAAAAGAAGACGGGGAAAGCGUAUCACCUGAAUCUCAUUAUUGAGCUCCGAAGACGAGGAAAUGCGUAUCUCCACCUGCAUCUAAAUAUUGCAAGUUAUUCAGCUCCGAGGGAAGACCGGGAAUGUAUCACCACCUGCAUCUCAAGUUCCGAAGAAGACGUAUCACCACCUGGAAAUGCGUAUCAUCUCAAUAUUGCAACUGGAAGACGACAAUCACCACCUGCAUCUCAAUAUUGCAAGCUCCGAGGAAGACGAAAUGCGUAUCACCACCUGCAUCUCAAUAUUGCAAGCUCCGAGGAAGACGAGGAAAUGCGUAUCACCACCUGCAUCUCUAAAUUGUAG